AUGUCUCCAGAACAACCUACCAAUCUGCUGAAACGGCCUUGCAUGGCUUUAGAUAAUUUCUAUGAUUCUACAAAGAACAAAGAGAAAGCCGAAGCAGAGACUGAGGAAGAUAAUGAUUUGUUAGCAAACACGGAUUUUCCUUCUAAACGUGCUCAACUGUGA